AUGCUGGGGUACCUGGAAUCAGAUGCCACGAACUCCCCAACUGGUCUCCUCUCAUCGCACAGCCUGGCCAGAGCUACCAGCGUGUUGCAACCGGCUCAGGAUCUCCUCCAAAAAUCACGGUGCUGGGUGCGUGGGAAGGUGAAGAAGCCCUUUGCUUCUUCCCACAUGCCCACGGGCUGGUGCCUGUGCCACAACAUGCCAUGGGAACAGAGUCGCCUCCCGGGCAUCAAGGUGAAGUACCUGCUGGUGGUGUGGCUGGGCAUCUUCGUGGGCAGCUGGGUGGCAUACAUGCAUUACUCGUCCUACUCCGAGCUCUGCCGCGGCCACGUCUGCCGGAUGAUAAUCUGUGACCAGUACAAGAAAGGAAUCAUUUCGGGCUCCACGUGCAAAGAUCUGUGUGAGGAGCGCAGCCUCCUCUUCCAGCACUGCCUCUCCUCCUCUCCCACCCAGCAGGUUUACAGGGGGCUCUGGAGGGAGAGGGAGGUGAUCAUCAAAUGCGGCAUCGAAGAAGCUUUGAAGGCAGACAACCACCCGGACUCUGUGCCCAGGAGAGACGUGGUCCUCUUCGACAAACCCACACGGGGGACGUCGAUUGACGAGUUCAAAGAAAUGCUCCUCAACUUCCUGAAGGCCAAGCUGGGAGAUCAGCCUUCUCUUGCAGCCCUGGUGAGCCGGAUCAUCACCAUGGCAGACGUGAACCGCGAUGGGAAAGUGUCUUUAGCAGAGGCCAAAUCCAUCUGGGCACUCCUUCAGCUCAACGAGUUUCUUCUCAUGGUCUCCUUGCACGAGAAAGAGCACACUUCCAAACUGCUGGGGCACUGCGGGGACCUCUACGUCACCGAGAAGAUCCCCCACACCUCCCUCUAUGGAGUGAAUGUCCCCCCUUUCCUCCAGUCGCUGCUGCCUUCGGUCGUCCACCAAAUCAUCCACCAGUGGUUUGCACCAGCGUGGCCCCGGCGGGCCAAGAUCGCCAUCGGCCUCCUGGAGUUUGUGGAGGAAAUAUUCCACGGGACCUACGGGAACUUCUACAUCUGCGAGACCGGCUUUAAGAACGUGGGCUACAACGAUAAAUACGACUUCAAAAUAGUCAACCUGAGGAAGGUGGCGACGGAGAUGACAAUCAGAGGAUUCCUCAAGGGCCGUCACUGUGAGCAGAACGUGGACUGCACCUACGGGAAGGACUGCACGGCGACGUGCGACAAGCUGAUGAAGCAGUGCAAAAGCGACGUGGUGCAGCCCAACCUGGCGAAGGUCUGCGGGUUGCUGCAGGACUAUUUGCUGUACGGAGCGCCGCUGGAGCUGAAAGAGGAGCUGCAGAAACAGCUCCGAACUUGCAUGACCCUCAGCGGCCUGGCCAGCCAGAUGGAGGUGCACCACUCCCUCGUGCUGAACAACCUCAAGACCUUGCUCUGGAAGAAGAUUUCAAACACCAAAUAUUCCUAACGGCGGCGACGGCAUGGGGAAAGGACAUCCCUGGAGUUUAGAAUCUGCAAUCCUGGAGUAAAGUCCAAGGGUUGAAGGCCUGUUUCUCCAUCCUCUCCCCCACAGGAAAAAUACACCCUGCGCAGGGAGUUCAGCACAGCUUCUCCUUCAUGGAAAACCAAGCGUCAUGACUUCCACCGCCCAGCAGGAUCAUCGGUACCGUCGGCGAGAGCGUGCUGCAGAGCUGGGACACGGGCAGCCGGGACACGGGCAGCUGGGCUGAGCAGCCUGGGGGGGAGAAGAGGACACGGAAAGAAGCGAGAAGGAAGCGGAGCCCAGCUGGACGCAUCUAACUGUUCCUUGAUGAACAGGAAAGCAGCGCAGAGAGAGGAGAAUGAAUCAUUCAUGCUGUACAUGUCACAUCUUCUUUUGAUGAACGUCUCUGAUGUAAAUAAAUAGCUUUUACGUGAAUCACACCAGUACAUCAAUAGCAAAACAGCAGCAUUUUAAGUACCAGCUUGCUCGUGAUCUAAAAAGGAGAAAAAGGUAGAUUUCCCUAUUCAGAAGUCUCUGCUUAAGUGUCUGAGUCAUCGGCCAUCAGCGCCAGCUGUAGCUUAGGAAGCAGAUACGCUGUCUUUCCACAGCGGAGAAUCCUGCCAAUUCUUUCACUCCUUUUCUAAGUGCCUGACCCCAGACAGUGACGCGGUGGCUUGUGCGAGGCUCCCACCCGGCUGCUCCUGCCUGCAAUCGGCAGCACAGGCCGUUCCCCCCCGCGUGUCGGCUUCGGAAGAACCUAAGGCCAAGAAUAGCUUAAAGGAAAAGGGCUAAACAUGAACAAUUCUGAGCAGUUAACGUAUGUGCUCCGCGUGUUACUUCCCACAAUACUCAGAGGAGGGAUAAGCCAACCUCAUGGCUUAAUUCUAAAACUAAGCUGGGUUUGCACUGCAGAGGUUAAAGAUUAACACCAGAAUAACCCAGUGCUUGUCUCAUUAUUAAAACGAAUUUCCAGGCAAGCUCUGAGCAGGUUUCAAGACAUUUAUUUGGCUACUAUUACAUACUACCAGGUCUCUAACUACAGUGUUUCCUUUAAACGCACAAUUACAGCAACCUUUUAAAACUACAGGUAGAGAGGAAGAGUUUAUGUAAACUACUCUGAGCUUGCUGUUCCCAGCACAAUCGUCCUCCUGCUGAUGGACCAUAUGCCAGUGCUCUUGCCAACAAUUGCUUAGGUAAGUGGACCAUAGAUCUGAAGUACAAUCACAAAGAAAAAAAAUAAAAUACAUCUGACAGGAUCUAUCGCCUGUGAAGGCAAGCAGUAGCGUCAUGGCUACAAAUUUAUGAGCCCUUUGGUGGAGCGAUAUCAGUAUUCCCUUCUAUUAGUUCUAUAGGAUCAUCAUUACCUCUCGCUGUUAUUUACGGAGGAAAUGUUUCGGUGUCAGCAGUGCUCUAAAUCUAGCAGGGAGCCGGCGCAGCUCACUCCCCGCAGAGUUGGCUUCGCGACGUAACUCAUCUGCGGGAGGCCAAGCGGCUGGAGGGCUCCUGUGUUUGAAGGGAGGCAAGUUCCUGAGCCCGCGGAGUCACCCUUAAUCCGGUAGAAACACCGCAGAGAUGGGCGAUGGGGGGUGCAGGUAGGAGGUUUUGGGGGGUGAAGGCUGGAAGUAGGUAACGAGGCUCCACGCAGCCACUCCAGCUCUAUUGUCCUGCAUUCCCAUGGCAACCAGCUCCACCGACAAAUUAAUUUUCUUCCGCUAUUAGAAAAAGGAGCCUAACAACCAGGCCAAACCCUCUCCUCGGAGUUUCAGCAAAGCCGUUCUUUACUCUCCCCUUCUGGGUUUGAAACCUACUAGUAAAUUUUGUCCAGAUAUUCCUCCGACACUUAAUCCCUGCUGCUCCCUUCCCCAAAAGCAGUGUUGGAUAAAAGUGGAGGGAAACCAUGUUCCUUGCUUAUCCACGUAAUCUUAAAUAUCAGAAACCUUUUAAGCAUUUAUAAAGAUGAAGUUCAAGGAGAAAGACAACCCCUGUCCAUGAAAGAACUAGCCAAGGCAGCUUCAUUCAAACAGACACUUGUGACAAGCACUGUCACGUUACCACACCAUCAGUCUCCACACCCCAGAGCAGCAGUGGACGCUCCCAGGAAUCUCUUACCCCAAGAACACAGAUUUUUGUUCAGCACUAAUAAAAAGCACAAUUGUUUUCAGACACGUGCUUAUGUUUCACAAGCUACACUGGGAGAAAAAUGACUAAAGGCAAAGCUAUUUCGCACUCAUGCCUUCUCCAGAUUUUCCUGCAUUAGCUGGAAAGAAAGAAGACAGAACACGCAAGACUGACAAUCUGAUCUCACCAGAUGCCAUUCAGCAGCACAGGGGGUUUGUGCCACAAGGGAAUGGAGGGAAGGAAGCAGCAAGACUUCUACCUUUCAUUGUUUAAAGUAAAAAAAACCCCAUCCCAGUUCUCAUAUCCACAAAUAAAAAGUCUUAAAUCCUAGAAUGGUUAAAAAUUAGUAUUACUUGGGGUGCUACAAAUACACAAGCAUAAUAAUUUCAGACUUCUUGUAGGUGGCAUCUUUAUUUAGCGGGUUGUAUUUUUUUUUUUUUUAAUUCUUUUUACCACGUAGAGAAAACACAGAUCCAAACCACAGUGCUUUAGAAUAUGG